CAGAUCCAGCCAUUUGCAGAGAACUCAGCCUAGGGCGGAAGUCGCCGUGUCGGGUCUGGUCAGCAAUGGCGGUCAUGGCGGCCGUCCAGCGUGCUGCAGGGGCCCGUGCCAGCACUGCGUGUGGCAUCCAAUCAGUGCGGGCCAAUGGCGCUUCAGCGACAAGCACACGGGCUAUUGCCCCAGUGUCACGCAAGGGAGCGGUGUUGGGACGCGGCCAGCCCUGCGCCUCUGCUCUGGGCAGCCGCAAGAGCCUGGCAGGGGAGGCCAUCCCGCAGGUGGCAGCGGCGGCUGUGCCGCGGCUGCCGGCUCUGCGUAGGCGCGCAGGGGCAGGGAUCCGCGCUGAGGCGGCUGCGGCAGCUACUCCUGCUGGCGGGCCGGCCAGCACGCCCCCUGCCAAGUGGGAGGGCGCCAAGAUGCAGCCGCUGGCCAUCUCUGUGGCGGUGGGGGUGAUCACGUGGUUCCUGCCUGCGCCGGCGGGGGUGCCGCGCAACGCGUGGCAGCUGCUGGCCAUCUUCCUGGGGACCGUUGUCGCCAUUAUCACGCAGCCGCUGCCGCUGGGCGCCGUGGCGCUCAUCGGGCUGGGCGUCAGCAUCCUGACGCGCACGCUCACUUUUGCGGCCGCCUUCAGUGCGUUUGGCAAUGAGAUCCCGUGGCUCAUCGCGCUCGCCUUCUUCUUUGCCAAGGGCUUCAUCAAGACGGGCCUGGGCAACCGCGUGGCGUACCAGUUUGUGAAGCUGUUUGGCUCCACCACGCUGGGCCUCAGCUACUCCCUGGUCUUUGCGGAGGCGCUCCUGGCGCCGGCCAUCCCGUCGGUCAGCGCGCGCGCGGGCGGCAUCUUCUUGCCGCUGGUGAAGGCCAUGUGCAUUGCGUGCGGCAGCAAGGUGGGCGACGGCAGCGAGCGCCGCCUGGGCGCGUACCUCAUGACCACCUGCUUCCAGACGUCCGUCAUCAGCUCCGCCAUGUUCCUCACCGCCAUGGCCGCCAACCCGCUGUCCGUCAACCUCACCGCGUCCGUCAUCGGGCAGACCAUCAGCUGGACCACGUGGGCGAGCGCCGCCAUCGUGCCGGGCCUGCUCAGCCUGCUACUGGUGCCGGCCAUCCUGUUCUGGGUGUACCCGCCCGAGGUCAAGGAGAGCCCCGACGCGCCGCUGCUGGCGGCGGAGAACCUGGAGAAGAUGGGGCCCAUGAAGCAGAACGAGCAGAUCAUGGCGGGGACGCUGCUCGUCACGGUGUUGCUGUGGAUCUUUGGCGCUGCGAUCAAGGUGGACGCGGUGACGGCGGCCAUCAUUGGGCUGACUGCGCUGCUGACCACCGGCGUGGUCACGUGGAAGGAGUGCCUCGCGGAGGGCACCGCGUGGGACACCCUCGUCUGGUUCGCUGCGCUGAUUGCCAUGGCGGGCUACCUCAACAAGUACGGCCUCAUCGCCUGGUUCUCCAACACCGUCGUCAAGGUGGUGGGUGGGAUGGGCUUGGCGUGGCAGCCCGCGUUCCUGAUCCUCACCCUGCUCUACUUCUACUCGCACUACUUCUUUGCCAGCGGCGCCGCGCACAUCGGUGCCAUGUUCACCGCCUUCCUCUCGGUGGCCACCGCGCUGGGCGCCCCCCCCAUGGUGGCGGCGCUCGUGCUGGCGUUCACGAGCAACCUGAUGGGCGGCCUCACGCACUACGGCAUCGGCAGCGCGCCCGUGUUCUACGGCGCGGGCUACGUGGACCUGGGCACGUGGUGGAAGCUGGGCUUCCUGUGCAGCGUGGUCAACCUGGUUGUCUGGCUCGGCGUGGGCGGCGUCUGGUGGAAGGUGCUCGGCAUCUGGUAGCCAGCGCGCGCAGCAGCGGGCGGGGGUGGCGAGGGGGGGUGGGGGAGGAGCCGUUCUGUACAGCACUCCGCAGGUGAAGCGUGACAGUAGUAGGGUCCAUUGAUUCAUGGUGUUGCAUGAGGUGCAGGUGGUACAAUGCAUCCGGGCGUCUCCGUGUCAAGGGGUGCCCGCCGGAGGGGUGAAACCCGUGGUGACGGAUGAAGUGGGUGCAUAUGUGUUGGUGCUAGCUUCGCAGUGUUGGUGGAAGGAAGGUCUUCAGAUGAAGGUCGCAAUAGAACGUUUCGGACCACGCAGAAGCGAUACCUUUAGCCUGACUGGCACGGUAAUAAAAUCAGCUCCAGGAGAAGUUAUUAGUCGCAGGUCUGGCAAAACGUUUCUCAGUUGCUAAGAGCUGGCUUCUUCGGUGCAGCUGCCGAUGAUCGAAACGGCACUUUGCAGCUGAGCUCAGUCGCGCCAAAUUGUCGAUCGUACAGAAUCAGCCUGCCUGACCACUUGCACUC